AUGGCGGCGCGCCGGGGCUGCCCGCUGCUGGAGGACAGCUUCACCCGCCUGGCCUCCCAGAGCAACGUCUACGGGCUGGCGGCGCUGGCCGGGGGCGCGGGCCGGGGGGACCCCGAGGGGGAGGCGGGGCCGGAGGCGGCGGGGCCCGAGGGCCCCGGGGGGCUCCUGGUGGCCACCCUGAAGGGGAAGGUGAUUUACUUCCGGUACCAGGAUCUGCGGCAGAAACUGCGGCCGGUGGCCAGGGAGCUCCAGUUCACCUACAUCCCUGUUGAUGCUGAGAUUGUCUCGAUUGACAGUUUCAGCAAGUCGCCGCCGAAGAGGGGUCUCGUGGUGGGAAUAACUUUCAUUAAGGACUCUGGAGAUAAAGCAAGUCCAUUUCUGAACAUUUAUUGUGACUAUGAGCCUGGAUCGGAAUAUAACCUGGACUCCAUCGCACAAAGCUGCUUGAACCUGGAGCUGCAGUUCACCCCAUUCCAGCUGUACCAUGCGGAAGUCGACGUUGGAGACCAGCCAGAGACAGUCUUUCUGCUGAGCGGGAAUGACCCCUGCAUUCACCUGUACAAAGAGAACAAAGGCUUGCACCAGUUCGAGGAGCAGCCCGUGCAGAACCUCUUCCCGGAGCUCCAGGAGCUGCCCAGCAACGUACUGUGGCUGGAUGUCUGCAACAUCCCUGGCUCAGGCCGGCGUCUCACAGCCUUCGGGUGCCAGAGCGGCUACGUCCGGGUGGCCCAGGUGGAGCAGGCCCGCAGAGAGAUACUGCAGAGCUGGAGCAUUCAGCAGGACGGUCCCAUCUCCAAGGUCCUGGUGUUCAGGCUGCCGUCCUCCGAGAGUGACCCUGCCCAGAAUGGUAAUGGUGGCGACCAGGGCUACAGUGUGCUCGUCACUAGCACCAUCGAGUUGUCCGUGGUGUACAGGAAUGUCCUGACCCAUGGACUGACAGACCAGCUGACCCUGCCAGCCAGCGACCAGCAUGACAGCGUGCUCUGUGCCCUGGUGACCGACGUCGAUUUCGACGGGGCGCCCGAGAUACUCCUUGGCACAUAUGGACAGGAGCUGCUCUGUUACAAGUACUGGAGCUCAGGAGCUACCGGUGCUGGCGCAGCUGAGGCCGAAGGCUUGUCGCUGCCCGCUGGGGAGUUCCAGCUGCUCUGGAAGCGGAGCUUCCCCAGCCCCCUGCUGUCCAUGGAGUACGCAGACCUGACCUGUGAUGGGCUCUGCGAGCUGGCCGUGGUGUGUCUGAAGGGGCUGCAUGUUCUGCAGCACAGCCUGAAGCAGACAGCUCAGUUCCUUCUGGAGAGGCUUCGCCAGGAGGUGGCACGGCGGGCAAGCCACAGCCGCGUCUCCCAGCAGGUGCGAGAUGCUAAUGCGGAUGGGGAAGCAGCAGAGGUAUAGCUGGGCACGGCCUGCGCUCCCCACAUCACAGCUGAUUUCUGGCCAGCCUGGUUGCAGAAGCCUGCUCUCCACAGGGGCUCCGGGAGGGGCUGGCAGGCAGAGGGGCCCUGAACAGCCAGGGGAGCAUUGAUGGCAGCGGCAG